AUGGCCCUUGAUCACAUUUCCACAAGAACAUACAGUUCAGAACCAAAUAGUGUGUUAAAUAAAUUACUGAACCACAUCAAAACUAUCGGCGGUAGAGUCAUGGGCUCAGCAUAUUCACGUGCAGCCUUGCGCAUUCGUAUUCAUGCACUAAUUUUUAAUCAAGGUCUCCCCAGUAUUUUUCUAACUCUAGAUCUAGCCGAUAUUCAUAGUCCCGUGGCACUAUAUUUUGCGGGUGUCAACCUUGAUCUGGACAACAUUCGAAUAGAGCAGCUUAUGACUACAUACAAAAGAGCUGAAACUAUAGCUUGUCACCCUAUAGCUACUGCCAAAUUUUUUCAUUUAUUAAUCACAAAUAUCUUAGAUACUAUGAUUGUUGGUGGUGUUCUUGGGCCAGUAAAAGCUUAUUUCGGUACUGUUGAAAAUCAGGGACGAGGUUCUCUUCAUCUCCAUCUCUUCAUUUGGCUGGAUCAUGACAUGAAGCAAGUUGAUAUGAAAGAAAACAUUCGGAAUACUGACUUUCGUGAAAAAUUAAAAGCAUAUUUAGAAGACAUUGUCAAAGAAGAUUUAGACCAAUUCAAAGACGAAUAUGUAUUUGAGAAUUUCGACGGUAUACCAGCAAAUCAAGGUGUUGAUGGUGAAUAUGAUAUUGACGACAGCGAGCAGUUACUUGAAUUACUAGGAAAUUUAGACGAAUACACAGCUACUGCGGCCAAUGCAAACAAAAAGUCAACAGAAAAUAAAUAUAUUGAAGAAACUAUCGAAGCAGCCGAAAACGUCGGCCGAUUCAGUCAUAUGAAUUCAUAUCAACAGUCUUCUUUCAAUGAAUUCAUCAAUCUCACCGAUCGACAACUUGUACCGUUCGUUUCCGCAACACCCGAUCUGGUUCGACUCAAUACGAAAUGGCAAGAACAGCUGAAGCCUGAAAGAGAACGAGUUAGACGAAGUUCGACUACAGGCAAUUGUGACAGAAUGGAUGAUACCUUGGAUUUAAAUGCUGCAAAAGAUGCUGUUAUAACUGUGGUCAAUUCAAACACCUACAACAAAAACAUAUUUGAAAAUUGUGGAUCGAUUCUUCCAGUAGUUUCAAUUACAACAAACUUUCCUACUCAAAAAAGUAUUGCCGAUGAAUUUACACUGAAUAGAGAACAGCGAGCUGCAUUUAUGAUAAUAACAAGUCAUUUAGAUGGUGACAGUCGAUGUCGCACAGGUGAUAACAGUGGUCAGCUCAGAAUGUGCAUACCUGGAUGUGGUGGCACCGGCAAAUCGCAACUGAUUCGCGCUCUCACCAAAUACUCUCUUGUUACAAAAAGAACGCAAAUGGUGCGGAAGCUUGCGCCUACGGGAAUUGCUGCGGCUGAAAUAGGUGGUAUGACGAUUCAUUCAUUUUUAGGUGAGCAGCGUAAUUCUGGCAAGGCACGCACCAUCAAAGCCGGUGAUUUAAAACUCGAAAAAGAAUGGAGACUCAUCGAAUACCUCUUAAUUGAUGAGAUGAGUAUGGUUGGCUUAACUCUUCUUGUGAAACUUAACCGAAUUAUUUCUGCUGCAAAACAUGUCGAUCCGCAGAUUCCUUUCGGUGCUCCUAUUCUUGUGUUUCGAAAUGAAGUGCGAACGCAAUUGAACUGUGAGGCAGCAAUUCACAAUGCAACACAAUCUGGCUACGCACCAAUUGUAUGCGUUGCUCAAGACACUUGUAAAGGCAAACCAAUCGAAGAUCCAAUAUUAAUAAAAAAGCUAUUAGAACUAUCCGAUAAUAAGACUGAACAUUUACCUGGAUUAUUACCUUUUGUUCCUGGAUUGCCUGUUAUUUUAACACAAAAUAUUGCUAUUAAACUGGGUCUUAUCAACGGGAUUAAUGGAAUCUUUCGACAACUAGUCCAUCAGCCCGAUUUUAUGUCAACAGAUGUUUUAUUACAAGCAUUUCCGAACAACACGCAAUAUGUUCAUUGA